UCUCUAUCUUUCUAUUUUUGUCGUUCAUUGACUUGCCAAAACGCAGUUGUUAUCAAUUCCACACUCUUUGGAAAAGUCUCUCUCUCUCCUCCUUCCUCCACUUUUUCUCGCUCAUCUUCUUUGUCUUCUUCAUAAAAAUAUAUAAAAAAAAAAAUUCUUUUUCUACCAAAUUUCUCGUCAGAAAUUUUGCAGAGAAAAAUAUUGUGUUCGACGUACACAGAGUCAUAAAUUUUCUUUCUUCUCAACUUUCUCCAAACUCUUCAGCAUUCAGACAUUGAAUAAUGAUAUAGAUUGUGCUGUUUCUCAACUCUAGUUGAUCUGGGGUUGUUUUCUUCAAAGCUAAACAAUGGCUUCAACUUCACCAAUGAAAUGUCCACCACCUAUGAAAGCAACCUCAAAUGGAGUAUUCCAAGGAGACAAUCCAUUGGACUAUGCACUUCCUCUUGCCAUUGUACAAAUAUGCUUGGUGCUUGUACUCACUCGAGUCCUCGCGUACCUUCUUCGUCCUUUAAGACAACCUCGCGUCAUUGCUGAGAUUGUUGGAGGAGUUCUACUUGGUCCAUCUGCUCUUGGCCGAAACGAGAAGUAUUUGCAUGCAAUAUUCCCAUCAAGGAGUCUCACAGUGUUAGAUACCUUAGCCAACUUUGGCCUCCUCUUCUUUCUUUUCCUAGUUGGGCUCGAGUUAGAUCCAAGGUCUCUUCGUCGAACUGGAAAAAAAGCUCUUAGUAUUGCACUAGCUGGAAUCAGUGUCCCUUUUGCAUUAGGAAUUGGAACAUCCUUUGUUCUCAGAGGAACUAUUGCUAAAGGAGUUAGUCAAGGACCUUUUCUAGUUUUCAUGGGAGUAGCCCUUUCUAUUACAGCCUUCCCCGUCUUGGCUCGUAUCCUAGCUGAACUCAAGCUUUUAACGACAGAUGUUGGUCGAAUGGCAAUGUCUGCUGCAGCAGUUAACGAUGUGGCUGCUUGGAUUCUACUUGCUCUUGCUAUUGCCCUUUCUGGUACCGGUCAUUCGCCCCUUGUUUCUCUAUGGGUACUUUUGUGUGGGACUGGAUUUGUCCUGCUUUGCAUAUUCAUCGGUCCACCUAUAUUCAAAUGGAUGGCUAAACGUUGCUCUCAGGGCGAGCCAGUGAAUGAGUUAUAUAUCUGUGCUACAUUAGCAGCUGUGUUAGCUGCAGGAUUUGUUACUGAUACCAUUGGUAUUCAUGCUCUAUUUGGAGCGUUUGUGCUCGGAGUUCUUGUACCAAAAGAAGGGCCAUUUUCUGGUGCUCUAGUGGAAAAAGUCGAGGAUCUUGUGUCCGGUCUAUUCCUUCCACUUUACUUCGUCUCCAGUGGAUUAAAGACGAAUGUAGCUACUAUUCAAGGCGCACAAUCAUGGGGUCUUCUUGUUCUAGUCAUAUUUACAGCGUGUUUUGGGAAAAUUGUCGGUACUAUUGUGGUCUCACUCUUGUGUAAGAUGCCGGUUCAGGAGGCUGUUACGCUUGGUUUUUUGAUGAAUACUAAAGGUCUAGUAGAGCUCAUUGUCCUUAACAUUGGAAAAGAUAGAGGGGUAUUGAAUGAUCAAACAUUUGCAAUCAUGGUGUUGAUGGCGCUCUUCACAACAUUCAUCACAACACCUAUAGUUGUAUCAGUAUAUAAGCCAGCUAAACUGGCUAUAACCGAAUACAAGAACAGAACGAUUGAGAGGAAAGACACGAACAAACAACUCCGAAUCUUGACCUGUUUCCAUAGCUCAAAGAACAUUCCCACAAUGAUCAAUCUCAUCGAGGCUUCUCGUGGUACUGAGAAGAAAGAAGGACUCCGCGUCUAUGCAAUGCACCUUAUGGAGCUUUCUGAAAGAUCUUCAGCAAUUCUAAUGGUCCAUAAGGCUAGAAAAAAUGGACUUCCCUUUUGGAAAAAAGGAGAAGUUUCAGAUUCUAACCAAAUUGUUGUUGCUUUCGAGACUUUUGAGCAGCUCAGUAAGGUCUCUAUCCGGCCUACAACUGCAAUCUCUCCUAUGAAUAGCAUGCACGAGGACAUCAUCGCUAGUGCAGAGAGAAAAAGGGCCGCUAUGAUAAUUCUUCCGUUCCAUAAACAUCAACGAAUCGAUGGACAUUUGGAAACAACAAGAGCUGAUCUUAGACAUGUAAACCGUAGAGUUCUGCAGCACGCGCCUUGUUCAGUUGGUAUAUUAGUAGACCGAGGACUAGGUGGUGCAUCUCAUGUAUCCGCUAGCAACGUUGAUUUUAAAGUAACCAUCUUGUUCUUUGGAGGCUAUGAUGAUCGCGAAGCUCUUGCCUAUGGUACGCGUAUAGCAGAGCACCCUGGCAUUAACUUAGUCGUGGUUCGUUUUGUACUAGAUCCUGAGGUUGCUGGAAAAAGUGUUAAGUUAGAUAUGGACCAAACUUAUAGUCCUGAGGUACAUUCCAAGGAUGAAGAGUUACUUAUCGACUUAAAACACAAAAUUUCCAAGAAUGGUUCGAUCAAAUAUGAAGAGAAGACAGUAAAGGAUGUUGCAGGGACUAUAGAAUCGAUUCGUUCAUAUAGUCGAUGCAAUCUGUUUCUUGUUGGAAGAAUGUCUGAGGGUCAAGUAGUAGCAGCAUUGGAUAAAAAGAGUGAUUGUCCAGAAUUAGGACCAUUAGGUAACUUGUUAACUUGUCCAGAAUUUUCAAGUACAGCAUCAGUUUUGGUGGUGCAACAAUAUCGAAGCGAGUUAUCUCAAGAUUCAAUCAAUUCAUUGAAGGAUGGAGAGUUAACAGAAGGCAAUAACGAUUCAAACUAAAAAUACUGGAUAGGUUCUAGUCGUGCGGAGCCCUCCCAGGGUAGGGGUAAGAUUUGCGUACACACUACCCUCCCCAGACCCCACUUAUGGAACAUCACUGGGUUGUUGUUGUUGUUGUUGUUGUUGUUCUAGUCGCGCGGAUAGUAAGUGAGAACACUGUUGAUCCUCUUGACGGGAGGUCUGGUGCACGAAGCAUCCUGUGUUCACGCAGAGUUCGGGGAAAGGCCGCAACCUAAAGGGGUGUGAUGUAGGAAAAAGAAGUAUUCACAAGUUUGUACAGUGUAAUAGAUAACUAAGGAAUUUAUCAGAUGUGUUCAUUUCCCUUAUUUUA